AUGAAUUAAAUUACAAAGUUUAUAUAGAUAUUUCCCUCCAUAGAUUAUGGAGAAAAACAAAAUGACAUAGAUGAGAACAGCAGCAAGAUUUGGUUAUAUUCUCUGCAAAAUGAAUUUCGAUUAUAUUAAUUUACAAUAGUUUAGUCUACAUUCUAUUACAAUACAAUGGUUUGUUUACCAACAGGUUUAGGAAAGACUUUUAUAGCUUCAAUGGCAAUAUUAAAUUUUAGUAGAUGGUUUCCAAAAGGAAAGAUAUUCUUUUUAGCACCAACAAGACCUUUAGUGGCAUAAUAAUAAGAAGCAAUGAAGAAAUUUGGAAUUGACGGAAAAUUAUCAAAAAAUGAUAGAACAUAUUAAUCUUAAAUAUAUUUUUCAACACCUUAGACACUUGAAAAUGAUUUAAAUGAAGAUUUAAUUCAAAAUAUAGUUUUGGUUGUUUUAGAUGAAGCUCAUAAAGGUGUAGGAGAUUAUGCAUAUACAAAUAUAGUUAAAAGAUUACUAUAUAAUACAAGAAUAAUUGCAUUAAGUGCAACUCCUGGUAAUAAUCUUGAAUAAAUUUAAUAAGUAGUGGCAAAUUUAAGGAUUGCAAAAAUAGAAGUAUAUAAUAAAUAUAUUUAUUUAAUAUUAGUUAAAGGAUGAGAAUGAUCCUGAAGUUGUUCCAUAUUUAAAAUUUAAAUCUGUAGAAAAGAUUGUAGUAUCAUUUGAUAAUUGUGAAAUCUUAGAUUAGCUUAAUAAACAAAUUCAACCAUUAUUAAAUGUAAUAUUAAGUUUUGGGAUUCUACCUGUAGAAUUAAUUAGAGUUUGUUCUAGAGCAAAUAUAUUUAGUUAUGGAGCUUGUUUCAAACUUAGAGAAUUUCUUAAAAAUUCUUAAUUGUAAUUUUAAAUUGGUUAACCAAACUCAAACAAAGUUUUUGAACAUCUUUCUCAUUUGCAUAAAUUAUCAUAUGCUAAAAAAAUAUUAUUAGAAUAAGGAAUUCAACCCUAUGUUAAAUAUAUGGAAUUGGAUGAUAUUGAAGAAGUACAUCCUAAAAUUUAUAAAUUAAAAGAAAUAUGUAAAAAUCAUUUUGCACAUAAUGAAUCUAAAGUCAUCAUUUUUACUAAUAGUAGAGAUAAUGCUUAAUUAUUGUGUAAUCAUAUAAAUUAAGUUGAAAAUGUAAAGGCUUCAAUAUUUGUUGGAUAAGCUAGUACUAAAAAUUAAGCAGGAAUGAAAUAAAAAGAAUAAUUAUAAGUUAUUGAUGUAUAAUCUAAAUACUACUUAGAAAUUUAAAAAAGAACUUAAUGUUCUUGUUGCUACAUGUAUCGCUGAAGAAGGUCUCGAUAUUGGAGAAGUUGAUUUGAUCAUAUGUUAUGAUAGUGGUUUCAGUCCUAUAAGAAUGAUAUAAAGAAUGGGAAGAACUGGCAGAAAAAGAGAUGGAAAAAUUAUUGUCUUAUUAACAGAAGGUAAAGAAGCUGCUGAUUAUGAAAAAUCUGUUAAUAAAUAUUCUAAAUUAAUCAAAGAACUUAAAGAAUUUAAUAUUAAUUUAUAUUCCAGUAAUCCUAGAAUCUUAAUAUCACAACCUUAAAUUUAAUUUAUUGAUGGAGAUAUUAAUUCUAUUGAAAUUAAAAUUAAAUAACAAGAUUCUAUUCAAACUAAAAAUAAAGAUCUCAAAAAAUAAAAAAGAACUAACAAAAAUACGGAAUAGUAGGAAACUAAAUAAAUUAAACUUGAAAAAUUCUUUACCAAAAAUUCAAAUAUCAUCUCCGAAGAAACAGAAGAAAAAUAACAAACCAAAUAACUCUAUUAACCUUUAUUAUUAUCAUCUAGUUCUAUAACUAAACCAAAAAAAGUUUAAGAUAAAAAAAUACAAUUGACCAAAAUAGAUUAAUUUAUUAAACCAAAACAAUUAGAAGAAAAUGCAUAAACUAAAAAAUUAAAAAUCAAGUUGCAAACUAAACAAAAUUUUGUUGAAGAUUAAUUUACCAUUUCAACUAAACUUAAAUCUAUUCAAUAAGAUGAAGAAAGUUUAACUGUCUCAAGUUUAGAGUAGUUAAAUGAUAUCGUAAAGUAAAAAUAGAAUUUUAAUUCUGAUUAAAAUUCUGAUACUAUGUUUCAAUUUUUAGAAAAUGUAGAUCUUGAAAAGAUUGAGUUAAAAAGCCAAGAUAUAAAUGAAAAUGAUUUAGAUUUAUCAAAAAUAGCCGAAGAAUAUCUAUCAAAUUGA